UCCGCGCCGCCGGCUCGCUGGGCCCGGCGGGCUCACGUGACCGACGCGGGCUCUGGGGCGGUCGGCCGCGCUGAGGAAGCGGCGGCGGCCAAGGCGGCUACCGCAGGCGGGUGGUAGCGGCCUGACAAGGGACCGGCCGCUGCCCUCUCGGACAGCCGCGGCGGAAGAGAAAGAUGGCGGAGGCCUCGGCGGCCGGGGCGGGCGCAGGCGCCGCUGUUGCCGCGCACCGGUUUUUCUGCCACUUUUGCAAGGGCGAGGUCAGCCCCAAACUACCGGAAUAUAUUUGUCCCAGAUGUGAAUCAGGCUUUAUUGAAGAAGUGACAGAUGAUUCCAGUUUUUUAGGUGGUGGUGGCAGCCGGAUAGACAGUAGCACAUCAACACAUUUUGCAGAGCUCUGGGAGCAUUUGGACCACACGAUGUUUUUCCCAGAUUUUAGACCAUUUCUAAGUAGCAAUCCACUGGACCAAGAUAAUAGAGCCAAUGAGAGGGGUCACCAAACUCACACUGACUUCUGGGGACCAAGCCGGCCUCCACGGCUGCCAAUGACUCGAAGAUACAGAUCACGAGGAAGUACUCGUCCUGAUAGAUCCCCAGCUAUUGAAGGAAUAAUACAACAGAUCUUUACAGGAUUCUUUGCAAAUUCUGCAAUUCCUGGAUCCUCACAUCCUUUUUCCUGGAGCGGGAUGCUGCACUCCAACCCUGGGGACUAUGCCUGGGGUCAGACAGGGCUUGAUGCCAUUGUAACCCAGCUUUUGGGACAACUGGAGAACACAGGGCCUCCCCCAGCUGACAAGGAAAAGAUCACAUCUCUUCCAACAGUGACAGUAACUCAGGAACAAGUUGAUAUGGGUUUAGAGUGUCCAGUGUGCAAAGAAGAUUACACAGUUGAAGAGGAAGUCCGACAGUUACCCUGCAACCACUUCUUCCACAGCAGUUGUAUUGUACCAUGGUUAGAACUGCACGACACGUGUCCUGUAUGUAGGAAGAGCUUAAAUGGUGAGGACUCUACUCGGCAAACCCAGAGCUCUGAGGCCUCUGCAAGCAACAGAUAUAGCAAUGACAGCCAGCUACAUGACCGAUGGACUUUCUGAAGCUAAAGCCUGCAUCUGAGCCAGGGCUGUGGUAGUCUUCUUAUCACAGCUGUCAAUUGUAUCAAAACAAAAAAAUAGUAGGUGGAUUUAGGAAUUGCAUAAGAAACCCCAACCCAUAAUAUUAAUGCAGUGAGUGUUUUUCUUCUCUAAAUUUAAAGUUAGUAUCUGCAGAUGGAAUCGUAUCUACAACCAAAUGCCUCUUAUUCCUGAAUUCAGAGUGAUACUUUUUUAAGUGUGAAACUUGAUUAUGUGGGUUUCCCCCGCCAGAAUAGAAUCACUUUACCUUAAAGUCUAGCUAGGGUCCCACUAUCUGUCAUGUUCUCCUGUAGUGGAUGUUACCACCUCCUUCUCUAACCUCUCCCCUAUCAUUAGUAUAUUUUAUAGUACAUGCAGUGGAACCACAGCCCUAAAGUCCGCUGAUACAAAGUCUUCCUGUUUUAAUUGUACAAAAGCAUCUACUCUUGGCCACAGAAGCCACAAAGCAAGAACAGAUUAAUUCAGGAAUCUGAGACUAAUGAUUUUGUUUUGUUUUGAAUUCUCAGAAAAUCAAAGGAAAAUUAGAGUGGGGAGGAGAAAAUGGCUGAUCAUUGUACUCUUUGAUUUUCUCAUUUUAAUUUUUAAAGACUACUUCACAAGGUGCAGUUUCUGCAGAAGCCAACAUGAUAUAUCUUAGGAAUCUUAAAUUGGUGGGAAUCUGAUUCUGGUUCCCUUUUGAAAAUGGGUUGGGCAGCAUAUAGGCACAGAAGAAAAGGCAUUUGAAAUCUUUGGUUCUGAGGUUCCUUUAAUAACCCCCAACUCAUUGUUUACUGCCUUUUGUCAUGGAGACCUUAAGAUAAUUUCCCUCAGAAAUAGAAUUAUUUCAUUACUGCUUCUACAGCCAAUUCACUGUUUUUAGUAAUUCAUUGGCCUUCAGGAAUUGAGAUUUCACAUUGUCUCAUUUUAAUUUUUUAAGCCCUUUUAUCAUCUCUGAAAUCUUUCUGUUCUGCUUGAUUCUGGUUGUACUUGGAAUCAAACUGAUUAUUGUGAUCAUGCCUAAAACAGCUUGGCCUUGGAGAGGUGGGCCUUCUAUUUUCAGCCUAACAAUGUCUCAUUGCACAUGCACAUGCUCUUUGAAGCAUUUAAGUGUUUAAAGUUGAAUAAAUGAAGAAGAUCAAGAA